CCGACAUUCGCUAUUUAGUUUUCGUGCGAUCGACAGCUCGUGUGUUUUAUACAAAGUAGGUAAUGAAAACUCAGGAACCGGUGGGAGCCAAACAAAUUUGUUGGUAAUCGAACUGAUAGUGGACCGAUAACGUGUAUCUUAUCCGGCCAAGUACACAACCUCAUCGUGGCUCGCGCAUGCUCGUGCGCAUAUUGUCUUCGAUUACAUUUUUAAAUGCAUUUUUCAAAAUAUUCCUGUGACGUUUUAUAUUAGGUAUUAAAGUGCUUUAAGUGUAUUCAGCGCGUGCAAAAUGCAUGAGCCCGGUUUAACCCUAUAGGAUGGACGAGCUUAAACUAAAAGGACGUUAUUACGGACUUUGAGCAGUUUUCUAUGGAGUUCAUCGAUCUUGAGGCAGGCGCGAUUUGAAUCAGAGUGCAUCUUAUGGUUUCCGUUUAAGAGACAAAAAUAUAAAGUGUGUGGAUGCAGCAGUGGAAAGCUUGUGUUAAAGUGACAAAGCUUUAUUAAGGCAGAAGGCCCCCCUGAAGGUGGUAUUUAGAAGUUACCCCGGAUUAUUUACGUUCCCGAUGGCGCGCGCUGAACGAGUGGCGGCAGCUGUGUUGCCGCAUGUCAACCUGUUACUUACGGUGAUAGUGGGCGCUGGCAUCGCCACCUCGGCCCGCCUGAAGUGGGACCCCAGCACGUACAUCGUGGUGCGCGAGCUGCUGCCGCUGGAGUACCGCGUGCUGGCCGCGCUGCUGCUGGUGCUGCCGCUGGCGCUGCUGCUGCUGGCGCACCUGGCCUCGGCCGCCCUGGCCGCGCGCUCGCCCGCCGUGCGCCGCGUGCUGCUGCUCGUGUACGCGAUAUGCAUGCUAAGCUUGUUGAUCGGCGAGGUGGCGGCAGGGUGGUGGGUGGGGGGCCGCGCGGUGCAGUGGCUGAACUCUGCGCAGGCGCAGCGGUUCGCUGAGCUGGCGGCGGCGCGCGACGACCUGCGCGCGGUGCUAGCCGUGCUCGCCAAGUGGCACCCGCUGCCCGAGAGGGUGCAUCAGCUUAUUGACGAAGCUUCCGCGGAUUUGCCGCGCAACGCAUACUGCGCAGCCUCGUUCGCGUUGCUGUGCAUCGUGCUACAGCUGCUCGGCGCCGCGCUCGCCGCGCUCAUUGCGCUCGCGCCGCUCUGCUCGAAUCGCUCGCGCCGGGAGAGUACCGGGACCGACACCGACAGUCAGAGAUCACUUUUGUACAGCAGCAAGACCAGUGACCGACCCUCCCUGAAGACCAUCUACAAGAACGGGCGCCUGCAGAUCGUGUGAGACGCACGCGCUGGCCAGCGUAACCUGCCCAAGUCACUGCGACCUCCCCCCACACCGCGACUUGGAGUCACGCGCCGGAUGCCGUGAUAUUCAGUUCACUGUUACUGUCGUGUGAUCCGCUACACUUUACAGACUGAUUUCUUAAUAUAGUGAAUUUUAAGUAUA